AUGUUGACGCGGUGGGCUGGCGGUAGAGAUAUAUGGCUCAAGCGUGAGGAUCUCAACGGCUGCGCGAGCUCGAACAGACAUCACAUUGUCGGCCUGAUCCUGUUGGCGCGUCGCAUGAACAAAUCAGAAAUUAUCACAGCUUGCGGGUCUACAAACCAUGGGAUCGAAUGUGCUACCUUGUGUGCAACACUGGGAAUGGCAUGCAGCAUCUACGUGGGCGCAAGGGAUGCUCUUAACCAGGUAGAGAAUAUCCAGAAAAUUAUGACGAUGGGCUCGACAGUGAUUAGAGUCAACAACGGCGGCAUGUCACUUCGUGAAGCCACUGGUGAAGCCCUGCGGGCCUCAACGGACCGUUUCAGAACUUCCUUUUACCGUUCAAUCUCUGCGACUAGGCCAGACCCCUACCCAUCGAUUGUCCGUACCUUCCAGUCUAUCAUUGGAAGACAAGCAAUGCGGCAAUUGAAUGAGACCUGCGGAAGGCUCCCAAGUUUAGUUACUGCACCUAUUAGCGAUAAUGGCACAGCAGCUGGAUUCUUCUAUCCAUUUUUGGAGUGCCAGUCAGUCAGACUUCUCGGAGUCGAAGCUUUUGGCUCGGCGGCUCUCUGUCGAGGCUCUCAAGGGGUCUACGGCGGAGCUUUCACGUACGUCAUGCAGGACGACGAUGGUCAAAUCCUACCAACCGAAUCACUAUCUGCAGACAUGAAUCUACCCGCAGUCGGGCCUGAGCUUGCUUACUGGGCACAAAUUGGCCGGCUCGAAUGUGUAUCGGCAUCGAACGAAGAGGCGACAGAAGGGUUGCGAAUAAUGCAGGAUACCGAAGCAAUUGUGUCGAGUCUUGAAUCAGCGUACGCUAUCCAGAAAGUCCUCAGUGCUGCGCAAAGGCUGGAUCGGUGUGAGGUCAUCCUACUUCUUAUAUCUGGGCCCUGA